AUGUUCAACGGGGAUAAAGAUGCCAAAUUAGGAGCCCAAUCUUCUUAUCGGUCGCUGAAUUACGUUUCUCCAAGUUCGAUAGGAAGUUCAUCAGGCGGAGAGCCUCUAGGCAGAGAGAGUGUUUUUCAAAACCAGAAUAGAUCCUCUGAUAAACCGUUCUCAGAUACAUUUUCUCCCCCUCCAACAUUUAUUGGCGCUCCCAGUCCUUUAAGUCUCACCACGUUCUCGAUGAGGAAUAGCACGACGCCAGAUCCCAGCUCAGAUAGUCCUAAGGCGACUUUGGAUUUCGCCAAAUCACAACCAACCACCGAUCUAGAUCGCCUCGCAAGUGUUUCAGGUCCGAUACUCAUGGAGGAAUCCAUGCAGAAACAGUCAUCGCAACCCCCCACAUCGGCAGGUGAUAAAAAGAUCGUCAAGAGAAAAUACUCAAGAAAUGGUUGUACUGAAUGCAAAAGGCGGAGGAUGAAAUGCGAUGAAGGGAAGCCCGCAUGCUGGCAGUGCGCAAGACUGAAUAGAGAGUGCGUUUAUAUUCCUCACCCCAAGAAUAAGAAAAGGAAACCAAGGACAGAGAACGGUGCAGUAAAGAAGGCUAAACCAGCACCAAAGGAAGAAGUGAAUGAAAAAAUUUCAGCAGUUCCAUCCACAAACACUCCUGUAAUAGCCAAAUCCGAAAGUUCAGAUAUAGUAGAGCCCCAAAACUCAUCACUGAAUGAAUUGCCAAAUUUGGUUCCACCUAAAAAUUUAAACUCAUAUGAUGCGAACCUUUUGAUACAAAAUUUGAACGAUAUCGUCAACAUGAAGUUGAAUGACUCUAUGAUACAUGAAGAGCUGAAGACAAUGGACUUUUCAGAUUUAGAUAUACCCGAACUCUCAGCAAUCUCAACCCAAAACACUUAUGCAAGCGUUCCCAUUUCCUUUUUGGUUGAUAAUGUCAUGACAUUUAAUAUGAGCAUCGAUUCCUUCAAACUGGGUGGUGUGCACGACAAUUAUUUAGAGGUAUUCUACUACGACUGCUUGGAUUCAAUAGCGCCAUUCUUUCAGAAUCAGGGCAAUCCAUUACGUGAUAUCCUUUUAUCUUUUGCCAGGGGUGAAUCAUAUCUUUUGUCGGCAAUUCUCGCUGUGGGUGCAUCGAUUGCACACAGAAAGUCUUCCAAUGUUGAGGAUGAAAAGGCCUAUUGUGCAUAUCUAUCACAUUGCCUGAGCCUACUUAGCGAACAGUUUCAAAAUGAGAGUAAUGUUAUCAAUAGGAUUGAACCAAUAAUUUUGACGGUUCUAAUGCUUACAUGGGAUUGUAUUUAUACAAUGAAUAGUCAGUGGAGAUCACACUUGAAAGGUGUCACUGAACUAUUCAAAAAAAUAAACUCAGGAGAUUCGUCCAAAGUCCUUAAUGUUGCCAAAUGUUGGUUUAAGGUGAUAGAAACAUUUGCUAGCAUCAGUACAGUUUUGGGUGGUGCUCUUGUUCAAGAAAAUGAUUUAGAUGCAAUCUUUGAUCCUUAUGAUUACCAGUACGUGGACUCACUGAAAUUCCUAAACAUUAUGACGCCCUUAAAUGAGUUUAAUCUUUUAAGAGGGCACAAAGAGGAUUUCGACUUGGUGAUAAAGGAAACAUUUAAGGCUCUUAAUAUUAUUAGGCAUUCGGAAAAAAACUAUUUUUCAGAGAAGGAGGGUCUCUUCGAUAAAAAUUUGGAUUACCUUCUCUGGUCCAACCCCAGCACGGAUUUGUUCAAACAGCAAUUAUCAUAUUUCAAGAUUCAGAAGAUACUUGUUGAGAUAGAUAAACAACUCGAGUAUGCAUUUAUAGAUAAGACUGGUGUCAUACCGCUAACCAGUCAAUCACAUCCCAACAACAGUAAAAUUGUGGAUAAUGCAAUAGAUUUGGUCACUUUGAAGAACGAUGAGCAGAUUGCAAUCAGCUGGUAUGAUAUAUCUCACCAAACGCAAGUACUCUCUUUCCUACUAAUUGUACUAUUGAAACUGUUGGGUAUCCCAAAAGAGUCUAUUAUCAUCCAACAGGUCGUGAAAAAGAUAACUAGCCUCUUCGGGUUUCUGGACAGUGAUAACCCGCCAAAGAACUCGAGGACAUGUUACUGCAAUUUUGCGAUACUAUUAGCUGGUCUCAAUGCAAUCGACGAAGAAACAAGGGAAGUUAUACGAAAAUAUUAUAAAUUGAAUGGCGGCCGGUUUCAAAGGCUAACGGAGCAUAACUUGAAUAGGUUGGAGAAAGUCUGGUAUGGUAAUGAAGGGAGGUAUAAGUUAGAGGAUCAAGACGUUCUCACGUGGUAA